UCUGCUGGCUAAAUCAACGGUUCCUGCGGAAUGUUCUGAAAUUGCCAGCGCUUUUCUCAAGAGCAGCACAGAAGUCAAGCAAAAUAUCGAAGUUGUCGACGAAGAUUCCGCGAUAGAAUUCGUGAAUAGGACUCCUAGUCAGAAAUCCAUCAUGCCAAUGACGAAAGGCCGAAGAAGAGCUUUGCUUCGGAAAGCUGGAGUGAAAUUCGAUCACUUCCUUGACUUGGAAAAUACACGAAUCGCUGAAAGCCGCAAGCAGUGCGGUUGUGACUGUAAGGGCGGUUGCAAGCCAGACAAGUGCCUAUGUUCUAUGUUGGAAGUCUGUUGCUUGGUGGAUAGUGAGGGUUACCCGUGCAGUUGCUCUCCCAGUUUGUGCCAGAACCCGUGGGGAUGCGAGCGGUUCGAGCCAGUGAAAUUCGUCGUCAGUCCAUUGAAGGACGACGUUUCGGAUCCCAGAUUUCAUCGUGACCCCGAAGGAAUUUGCCUGCGGAUCUCGAAACUUUCCUGUGGGAGCAUUUGAUCAAGGCUUUGCUUGGUACACUUCGAUUAAGACCCUGUUUCGUCGCUUGGUUGAUGUUCUGCUGCAGGGGAGAGAAGUUACGUGAUAAAAAUGUUUUUUUUUCUGGA